UCUGUAUUUAAAAUCAUGUAAGAAGGCCUCACAGACUCGCAACAUAAAUUUCAUUUUUUUUUUACUGGAAAUAAUUAUUUUUAAUGAAAUUCGAGUGAAGAACAAAAAACCAAGUUUUUGUUUUUGUUUUUAAUUCUUUUAUUUGGUGGGUAGUAUAUAGCAUUCUGAUUUUCCUCCUUGAUUUUUCCUACCGAAGAACAACAACAAAUGGGGAUCGGUUCUGAGGAGGCGAUCCGGCAGCUCCGAGCUUUGAUGGAUCAGGUUGAGGAGCGAUUGAAGUGGGCUUUUCAGAAUGUUCAUCAAGGCUAUCUAACCGAAACUUUGGAGCGAUUUCUUAAGGCGCGGGAAUGGAACGUUAGCAAAGCGCACAAAAUGUUGGUAGAUUGUUUAAAAUGGCGAGUAGACAAUGAAAUCGAUAUGAUGUUAACGAAACCUAUCAUUCCUGUCGAUGUUUACAGAGCGGUUCGUGAUUCUCAGCUCAUAGGACUUUCGGGUUAUUCAAGAGAGGGCCUACCAGUCUUUGCCAUUGGUGUGGGACUCAGCACAUUUGAUAAAGCAUCUGUUAAUUACUAUGUGCAGUCACACAUUCAAAUCAAUGAAUAUCGGGAUCGCGUAAUCUUGCCUUCUGCAUCAAAAAAGUAUGGGCGACCUAUUACGACUUGUGUGAAGGUAUUAGACAUGACUGGUUUAAAACUGUCAGCGCUGAGCCAAAUCAAGUUGUUGACAAUCAUAUCAACCAUUGACGACUUGAACUAUCCAGAGAAGACGAAUACAUAUUUCAUAGUAAAUGUCCCUUACAUAUUUUCAUCUUGUUGGAAGGUUGUUAAGCCUCUGUUGCAGGAAAGGACCAGGAAAAAAAUUCAAGUUUUAUCAGGUAGUGGAAGAGAUGAACUGCUGAAGAUAAUGGAUUAUUCAUCAGUACCACACUUCUGCAAAAGAGAAGGCUCUGGAUCAUCGCGUCAUUCAUCUGAUGGAGCUGAAAAUUGCUACUCUUUGGACCAUCCCUUUCAUCAACAACUCUACAACCAUAUCAAGGAGCAAGCUGUUCAGGAAUCUUCAAGACCGAUCAAACAAGGAUCUGUUCAUGUGAGUCUACCUGAACCAGGUGCAGAAGGAACUGAAAUCGUCAAAACCAUUGAGUUAGAGUUGCACAAGUACGGGAACGGGAACGGGAAUGCGAACGGAUUAUCGAACUCGCUAGGUAGCCUGAAAAUUUGAAGAGUGAGGUUAUAGAGAUGAUGAUGCCUUCAGCUUGAAGCAACAUAAGCUCACUCUUCAUUUCGUCAAGAUAUUGAAGGCUGCUGAGCUGAAAGUUCAUAUUGGAAGCCCUGCUAAUGGUAUUACACAAAAUGACUAAUGCACUACUCAUUUGCAGUUGGCAAUAGUUCCCAAGAAAUCCACAUAUAAGAAAAUAUAUUGUAUGUAAUUUUACAUAUAGGCUAGCUAAGCAGUCAAGUUCCUUCCUAGCUAGAUAAGGCAAUGUACUUGUCCUCUAGUCACUGUUCUUUAGUUAACUUCUUGCUGCACAAGCCAUUUCAUAUUUACUGAAAUGCUAUUGCCUACUAAAUUUCUAGGUAUCUAAUAAUAUAAUAAAUAUUUUCUUAUUA